AUGACGGAGUUUCUGCCUCCAUCGUAUCGGCCCGCUGUGACGGCUUCUCAGGCCGAGCGGUUCGCAAUGAACAGAGUGCCCGGGAUACACCGAAAAUCACCGGAAGCCUUGCACUUGGAUGAUCUGGAGCUGAUGAUGCACUGGUCCACCAAAACCUAUCGCUCCAUGGCCCGCGAUCAUGCAGCCGAAAACUUGUGGCAAAUCACUAUUCCCCAACUCGCCUUGCAAUUCUCCAAUCUUCAACAUGGUCUAAUGGCGCUGGCCGCCCUGCAACUGGCUCGAGAGAGACCCAAUCCCGACCACCAGGGGAAAUAUCUCGUCGCGGCACGGGAGCACUAUCGCAUUGCUCUUGCUGGCAUUCCACUCGACUCGACAGAGGAUUUAACCUUGGUGCAAUGCAACGCCGUGUUCGCAUUGUGUGCGGUUCUCCUCUCCUACACAUUCGCCCAUGGACUGAUGCGUCCGCUCCGGAGUGCGGCGCAGGACAGAAGCCGGCCCCAGUACCUGGACGAAUAUCAUGAAAUCUCAACCAUCUCACGCUGGAUCGUGGGGAUCAUGAUGCAGAUCAUCGACCGCGUCGCUCAAGGCGAACUCCACCCUCUCGUCAAACCAGACCACUCAAGACCGCGAAUGCCAGAUAUCUCUCAACUUCUCAUCCUCGCAUUGCGACAACGUAACGCUCGAGAAGCCAAGUACAGCCCCACCCACGAGAGGGAGGUCUACGACCAGACGCUCGACCAGCUCCAGCUCUGUCUGAAUCGCCUCAUGAGCGGCAGCGAGCCGAGAGACUUUGCCUUUUGUUGGUCCUCUCGCACGCCUGCACGAUUCCACGAUCUCGUCCAGCACCGGGCACCGUUUGCCCUGGUCAUAUUCGCGCAUUAUGCAGUGGUCCUGCAUCAUCUCCAUGGGCUGUGGUGGAUCGGAGAUUGGGGCACUCGGAUCUUGAAUGAGAUUGUCGAAACGGUCGACCCAGAGUGGUGGGAAGUGAUGCGAUGGCCUAUCGAUGCAACGGGAUGUGUAUUGCCAGAGGCAUGA